AUGGCCUCUCUCCGGACCAAGUUCUUGCUCUUGGUUUGCGCCUUGCUCCUUCUUCUCCAUCGCUGGUGGCUUCCCCUUGGGGGAAUGCUUUAUGACCUCGCGGCACUCCCAGCUCGAUGGAAGGAUGCGGCGUCUCAGUCCGUGAUCACCCAGGAGCGCGACCAUUUCGAUGUCAGCUUCGAAGCCUACGAAACCAACCAGACCACGGCGGGCUCCGAUUACCCUGAUCUUGUCCCGCCCAUUCUACACCACAUCAAUCUGGGCGCGAAGCCACCACGCGCAGAAUGGCUGGCAGCUCGAUUAAACUGCUUGCGCCAUCAUCAGGGGUGGCAAUCUUUCCUGUGGGAUGACGCCAGUGCCAAUGCAUUCGUUCAAGAAAACUUUCCUCACCUGAAGGACAUGUGGGACAACUAUCGAUAUCCAGUACAACGAGUUGAUGCGCUUCGUUACAUGGUGUUGCAAAAAUAUGGAGAGCGCAAGACUGAUGUCAACCCUUCGAUUCUGCACAGGCGCGGUUCUUGA